AUGAACUUUUCCCCACAAUUAGGAUUUCUAGCCUAAAAGUUUUAAGAAAAACAGUAAAACAACAGAAUCACAAAAUCUGAUUUAGAAUAAAUCUUAGAAAUUGCAAAUUACAGUUAAUCUGAUAUUCAAUCUUUAAUAUAAUAAAUUAAUGAAGAUGAGAUAAGUAAAAGUAAAUAGUUAUCUAGCCUAUAAUUAGUUUUUGUCGAUUGUUGGAGUUUCAGAAAAUAGUCAAAAUGUAUAAUCCUAUUAAUAAAAUAAUGGAUAUGAUAUGGUUUCUGAAUAAUAAUAAUAAAAGUUGACUUCAGAAUAGCUAUAAAGUAUUUAUGAUGAUUAUAAAAUUGCUUUAAAAAAUUAAGACUUUGAAAAAACAAAGUUAAUUCUAAGUAUCAAUCUUUAUUUAAUUCUAAGAUUAGUAUAGAGAUAUUGAUUUAGUUAAUAAAAUUGAUCCAUCUUAAAGAUAAAUAUCAACCUACAUUGCAGUCUAAGGUCCUGAUGAUAAUAUAGCAUUAUAAACAUUAGAAUUAUUGUUUGAUUUUGGCGCCAACUUAAAUUACAAAGAUUAAUUAGGCCAAUCAAUUUUAUUUUAUAUUUGCAGGGAUGGAAGAUUAAGACUUCUUGAUUUUAUUUUAUCAACUAAUACAGUGAAUGUCAAUGAUUAAGAUAGAUAUGGUUAAACACCUUUAUUUUAUGCAGCUAGAGAUAAUAGAUAUGAUAUUGUCAUAAGGUAUUAUAAUAAUUGAUCUAGAUUAAUAUAAUAUGGAAUUGAUAUUAAUAUUGUAGAUAAACUCUCAAGCUAGACAGCUUUAUUUUAUGCAGCUAAUGGAGGACAUGUAGAAAUAUGUAAAGUAUUAAUUGAGGUAAUAUUAUAAUAUUAAAUUAAAAGAAUGGAUGUAAUCCAGGUCAUAUUGAUUCAUCCAAAAAAAAUGCAUUGUUUUUUGCUAGAAAAUAUAAUAGAAAAGAAGUCAUAGAUUUAUUUAAUAACUAUUUUAAUAAAAAUAAAGAUGAUAUGUCCAAAAAUAGUGGAGGAAAUGAUAAUAGCAAAGGAGAAGCACCAAGAUCAUAAUUAUAAAAAAGGAAAUUCAAAGAUUUACCAAAACAAUCUUACAAAUUGAUAUUCACAGAUAAUUAAGGAAACUAAAGAGAAUUAAAUUCUAUUGAGUUUUAAAAAUUUUAAUUAGAAUAUCCAGAAGUUGCUAAUUUAAUUGUAAAUGCUGAUGAAUUGAUUGAUGAUACAAUUGUAAAUUAAAUAAAAGAUGAUGAUACAUGGGAAAAGAUUGCUAAAAAAGUUUUAGGUAUAUUUCAAUUUCAAAUUAUUAGGUAUCAUUUGGAAGGCUAAAGGAGCACACUUAUUUCAUCAACCUGUUGAUCAAAAAAAGUAUGGAAUUAGCGAUUAUUAUGAAAUAGUGACAAAACCAAUGGAUUUUGGAACUAUUAAAGUAUUUAUCCAUUAAAAAUUAGAAUAAACUUAAUUCAAAUGUUUAUAGUUCUUGUUAAGAAUUUUAUGAUGAUGUGAUGUAGGUUUUUGAAAAUUGUAUAUUGUAUAAUGGAGAAACAAGCGAAGUAGGUUAGAUAGGAUAGAAUAUAAAAUCAGAGUUUGAAAAUCAAUUAGAAUUGACAUUAUUAAAAAAAUAUUUAUGA